AUGGAGGUGCCAGUGUUCGCCUGGAUAGUUCCCAUUAUGUUGGGCCUAACUCUCCUCUACGAGUUUGUGAUCUAUCCUGCUUUUCUGUCGCCAUUGUCUAAACUUCCAAAUGCGCAUUGGACGGCUCCAAUAUCGCCAGCCUGGAUUCUCUGGAAGCGGUUUCGCGGCCAGAAUAACCGCACCAUCCACGCUGCCCAUGAACGGCUAGGGUCAAUCGUCAGACUGGCGCCCUCGGAGAUUUCCAUCAAUUGUGUCGAUGGAGGUAUAAAGUCGGUAUAUACAGGCGGCUUCGACAAACAUGAAUGGUACCCGCGGGUCUUUGGCUCUUUUGGGACCGUCAGUAUGUUCACCAUGACCGGUAGCAAAGCUCAUUCGACCCGGAAAAGGAUGCUGUCCAAUAUCUACAGUAAAUCCUACUUGCAAUCGUCUCGCCACCUGCAGCUUAUAUCCAAAACCAUCAUUUUUGACCGGCUUCUGCCGAUUCUUCAAGCAGCAGCCUCGUCUAAGACGGAUACCGAUGUCCAUGACCUCAACCAAGGACUGACCAUGGACUUUGUCUCGGCCUAUCUAUUUGGGCUGGCUAAUGGUACUAACUUCCUUCAGAACGCGGAGUACAGGCGCGAGAUGUUGCGCCUUUAUCAAUGCAGAAAGCCGUAUGAAUUCUAUCAUCAAGAAGUCCCAAAUAUUUUAGCUCUACUGAAAAAAAUCGGUAUUCGCUUAAUUCCCAAAUGGUGCGAUGAUGCGAAUCGGAUUCUCGAUUCCUGGGGCCUGGAGCUCUGUGAUAAAGCAGAAGCAUCUGUUGCUUCAUCAGACCUUAGUGUCGAGCCGGUUGUAUACAAGCACCUCAAACAAGCCAUUUCAAAACAAGCCCCGCUCAAGAUAGACGAUCAAAAAUUAUACGCAGAUUAUCUUGAGCAACAGAGGCUCGACAUCGCAUGUGAGAUGUAUGAUCACCUCACAGCAGGCCACGAGACCAGCGCUGUCGUUCUGACAUACCUUAUGUGGGAACUCUCCCAACAUAUAGAAGUACAGAAAGACCUUCACAAGGAGCUUCUUACACUACAACCAAGGAUAGCUCCUCGUUGUCUGUCUGGUCAUGCCGAGUUGCCGUCGCCGAAAUCCAUUGACUCGCUACCUUUUCUAGAGGCAAUACUCACAGAAACUUUACGACUCCACGCUUCAAUUCCAGGCAUACAACCUCGAGUUACACCGACGCCGACAUGCACGCUUGUUGGGUAUGACAAUAUACCCCCGAAUACCAGAGUAAACGCACAGGCCUAUUCUCUUCAUCGAAAUCCGGAGGUAUUUCCAGACCCUGAGACAUGGGAGCCGAAGCGAUGGCUCAAAGACUGCAAUAAACCUUCCGAACUGGAGGAAAGAAAGCGAUGGUUUUGGGCGUUCGGGAGCGGUGGACGGAUGUGUGUGGGAAGUAAUCUGGCUUUACAAGAGAUGAAGUUGGUCAUCGCCGCCAUCUAUACAAACUUCCGAACCACUAUCGUCAACGAUGACGGUAUAGAAGCAAUUGAUGCUUACACGGUCAAACCGAAGGGAGAAAAAUUGAUUCUCAGGUUUGAGUAUAUAUAGAUCAACUUAGGUGUCCAUAUGCCCGGUUCUAGCCAGCUUCACUACCGUUGCACUUAGGACGCACUCAGUUCAAACGAUUCUAGAACUCGGUCUGCAGCCAAAAUCAAACUACAUAUACC